AUGAGUAAUUAUCAUAAUAAUAAACCUAACUUUUAUAAUUUAAAAAGUUCUAUCGAAGAUCUUGAAAAACAAAGGUUAAACCUUCAAAAUGAAAUUCAAAGACUAAAUCAACGUAAAUUAAACGAGAGGAAAACCCAAGCAAAUGAAAAUCAAGAGUUAAAUCAUUAUAAAAUACUUGCUCAAAAGUCGAUAAACGAUGUCAACAAGCAAGUUCAAGAAUUAAACCAAUGUAAAGUAUUGUACGAACAGAAAAAUAACGAAUACAACAAAUUAUUUGAAGUGUAUAAGACGACCAUACAAAACUUCGAAAAUGGACAGAGAGAAAUAAAUCAAUAUAAAACAAUUGCUCAACAGUCGGAAAAUGAAGUUAAAGCAAUCAAAGGACAAAUUCAAGAAUUGAAUCAAUAUAAAUUGUUGUACGAGAAGAGAAAUGAUGAAUUAAAAGGAUUACAAGAAAAUUACAAGAAUAAUAUGGAAAGACUAGAAAAUGAGAAAAAUAUUUAUAAAAAGCUUGCUGAAAAGUCGGAAGACGCGGUCAAUAAAAUCAAUGAACAAGUUGUAGAUUUAACUCAAUAUAAAUUCUUGUACGAGCAAACAACCAACGAAUUUCAAGAAUCACAAGAAAAUUACAAUAAGAAAUUGCAACGAUUAGAAAAUCAAAAUAAAAUGCUUACUGAAAAGAAAGAAAAUGGAAUCGAAAACAUCAAGGAACAACAUUUAAAGAGA